UACAGUAAACGAGAUACAGUAGGCUAUACAUAUAGUCUAUGCACUAUGUACACAUAUUUCUGUAAAACUCUGAUCUUGUAUUUUAAUAAAUACCUAUAUAUUCCUCUCUCCUCUUAAGGUGCAAGAUGAUGAUGCAAACGUUAAAUGAACUGGCCCACCUGAGAGACUCUAGGUUCGGUCAACCCUGGCCCAGACAUGGACUCAAACUCCUCUACUGGUUCGCCAAUGACUGUUUUUCUUUUAGCAAUGACAAUGUCAUGAUCUCUGAAUGUGACCUAGCCGACGGAGACUUUGGUUUUCACCUUUUUGAGAACAGAUAUGACGAAAAUGGGGAUAAACUUCUUCCAGACAUAGACUUCCCUUACUAUGUGGUUGGCAAUCUAAAUUCACCAGGAGCUGAAGAACUUCCUGAAUACAUCUCAGAUAAAUAUAAUUACGAGUACAACAGCAACACAGACCGGAUUAUUGUCAGUCUCUACGAUGAGGAGUGGUUUCAUAGAGUUUAUGUGACUCAACACCGCAACCGAUCAAACGACUACAAUCCAAACGCCACUUACCGGAUCUCCAGAGGCCUUCUCAUGAUCAUCAGGAGGAUGUGUUUAGAGCACUUUCUGGAGGAGAUGGAUUAUUGUACAUCCAUUCUGCCUGUCAUCAAUUACAGACCUCAAACUACAAACACAUUCAGUCUAGAUUUCACUGCGGUCACUCCAUCAUCCAGUGAUUCAGAUGACAGCGAGUCUCCUGCAGCAAUCCAGUUAGAUGACAACAAGAUGACAGGUUACUGCACAGCCAUACAGCCUAUAUUACCAACGGCGGUCACCAGUUACAGACCUCAAACUACACACACAGAUUUCACUGCGGUCAGUCAGCCAUCCAGUGGUCCAGCGCACCAUGAGCCUCUUGCAUCACCGAGAAAUUACACCAAAAUCCAGAUAGAUAAUGACAAGAAUACAGGUUAUUAUCCAUACAUCCCGACGCCUGCCAUCAAUUACAGUCCUCAAACUACAAACACUGUCAGUCCAGAUUUCACUGCGGUCACUCCAUCAUCCAGUGAUUCAGAUGACACUGAGUCUUCUGCAACAAAAAACAAUGACACCAUAAUCCACAUAUGUGAUGACACACCUACACUAAACCCCUCAGAGAAAUUACACAAGAAGAAGGGAUUAUGCAGAAGAUUCUGCACCAUACUUUAA